AUGAGAAGCAUAUUGGAGGAGGCAAUUCUGGAGGUGCGCGAAACACGUCUCGAGAAUCGACCACGACUCCCCCGCAUACCCCUAAGUAAGCGGAGUCGGUCUGUCGUGAGGUCUCUUAACCCGAUGCUGGUAACCUAUUUGGAAGCCAGCAGGGAUCUUUGCGAUACGGACUCAAUUCUCUUUGGCGCUGCACUGGCAGUAUGCCGAAUCGUUGGCGCCAAACUUCCAAAGACUGGACGUGCUACUAAACCAGGUAGCACCACCAGCAUGGAGAAGAAGAAU